AAAAAAUAAAGAAUAAUUUAUGAAAUUUACUAAAAAGGCUGUUAAAAUAAAGUGCAUUUCGGUUUUAAAUAAGCAAUUAUGUUAGUGAAAGAAGCACCAGUGAUAUGGAAUCUCUUGAAAGGAAUAGUUUGUGUUUAUAAACCGGCAGAAAUAACAUGCGAAAAUUUAAGAAAAGCGUUAUUGGCCAAAAUUUGUGCAGACCUAAAUAACAUGGAAUGUAGGUCCAUAUCAGAGAGGGUAGUAAUUGAGGGAAAUCCUUUAGAGAAACUCACAGUCAAUGUGGUGCCAAAUUUGGCAGACCACCCUGCAGUGGUGGGGCCCCGCUACUUACCAGAUGAGUUACCAGCUAGUUGGUCAAAUUAUCUUGGAUGGAACACUUGUGGAAUAUUAUUGUUUGGGUUAAGAGAAGGCACCAGGACAGCUAAAUAUUUACGUGAAAAUCGACCAAUGAGGGCAUACAAAUUAAAAGGAACGCUAGGAAAAGCCACUGAUAACGGUUUGGCUAGUGGGAAAGUAGUGGAAAAAAGUACCUGGAAACAUGUCACCAAAUCCCACAUGGAAAAGCUGCUGUCGUCUAUACAAUCAUCACAUCAAAAACAAAUGUUUCAGCUAUGUGGGGUGGAUUUGCAAUCUCAAACAGCAUAUGAUUUGGCAGUUCAGGGUCCAAUAAGACCAGCAAAUUCAAAAGUUCCUCUUUUGUAUGGCAUUAAAUGUAUAGAAUUCACACCUCCAAAUUUUGUUAUAGAGGUUCACUGCAUCAAUGAAAACGAAAGUUACUUAACAACUUUUAUACACGAAAUCGGAACCAAAUUGCACAGUACAGCACAUUGCACAGCCUUACAAUGCGUAAGACAUUCUUGUUUUACUUUGGAAGAUGCGUUAUUGAAGAAACACUUUACCUUACAAAAUGUACUUACCAAUAUGGAGAAGUGUAGCAUUAAAUUGGAGGAAAAUAAGGAUCUACUGUAUCAAAAAAGUGCAAGUUUAACUAGUAUUAAUACUGAAUAAACAAAUUUUA